AUGUUCAGAAAGAUCCACUCCAUCCUCCACCACAGCCCACAAAGGAAGGCGGCGGCUGAAGGCCCCUACUACGCGGGAGCCAGCCCUACUGUCAGGCUGAUUCGCAGUACUUCCAUGUAUGUGGUUGCGGACCACUUCGAGAGGCCCAGAGAGUCCUUAAAGAAAUACAGAAGCACCCACAGCAUGGACACCAGCCUGCACUAUCUGCAGCAGGAGGACCGCGCCUGGAUGUACUCACGCACCCAGGACUGCCUGCAGUACCUUCAGGAGCUGCUGGCCCUGCGAAAAAAGUAUCUCAGCAGCCUGGGUGACCUGAGGCCCCGGCGCGCACAAGGUGCCGGCUCCACCUCUUCCAAGACCUCUAAGGGAACAGCACAAAAGACCCCAGGAGAAGGCAAGAAAGCAGCCUCAAAGAAAUAUUCCCAGUUCAGCAGCGAUGUUGCUGAGGCCAUCGCCUUCUUUGACUCCAUCAUUGCAGAGCUAGAGACAGACAAACGGCCAAGAACUACUGAGGCUGACCCGCUUAAUGAAGAUGUGGACUUCGAUGUGGCGACCAGCUCACGGGAGCACAGCUUGCAUUCCAACUGGAUUCUACGGGCACCGCGCAGACAUUCUGAGGCCAUUACUGCCCAUGCCACUACCGAUAGCCGGUUGCGGAGGAGCACGGAGCACAGGGCCGCUGGCACCCAGCGGAGGCUCGAGAGACACCCCAUUUACCUGCCCAAGGCUGUGGAAGGGGCCUUCAACACCUUGAAAUUUAAGCCCAAAGCCCACAAAAAAGAUCUAGGGAGCUCCAGACAGAUCCUUCGCAGCUUCUCCAAAGAAGACACGGAGUGGGAUGAGGAGUUCUUCACACAGGAGUCUCUAGAAGAUGAUCAUUACGGGACAGAGUAUCCCAAAGGGGAGUGGCUGGUCCGAGAAAGACUCUGGGAGCGGACAGUGCCCUGAUUUGAUUUGCCUUAGCCUGGGUCUGUGACAGGAGGUUUGCUUUCAGGGCAGUGUGAAAUGUUUGGUAGAGUUUAAAAAACGAAAUUAUAAAGCUGGAAGACAACCAAACUCCUCGACACACUACCUGACGGAGCCCAGCUAGUGCCAAAUAGAAGCUGAGUUUCCCAGGGAGACAUUUCCUGGGGGGAGUCAGAGCCUGGGCUUCCUACGGGAGUGGCUAGGAGAAAGUGGAACCUGGACGCUGGUGUUCCAGAGCAGAGGCACAGGGGACCUGAAUGAGUGUCCCUACACCUUGGCUGGCCUGUCACACAUAGGAGAUUUUGCACAUGGCUGUAGGUAAUGUGCUCAGAACUGGAAAGGAGCCAAUCUGGAGUUCUGGCCCAAAGUUUCCAAGACUGUGUCCCAGAAGCCUAUUGGUGAAGUCCUGAGGUCCCUCCUUUCAUGCAAUACACAAUCCAGAAAGUACCCACUCUGCUUUAGGUCUUCUCAGGGUUUCCAGAAUCUUCUGCCACUAGGGUAAAAAUGAGGCCAACAUCCUUUCAGUAGGAUAGAGACAGGUUGCAUCAGGGCACGCCUUAUGAUCACACUGUCACCCCCAGCCCAACAGUCCUGCUCCUCCUCACAGACAGCUGGCUCAAGGUGGUGGAGGUAGGUGGGUCUUCUCUAAUUCUCCUUCCUAAUUCUUACACACACAAAGCUAUAUCCACGCAAGCAGCUCAUCACAGGCUCUGCAUCUCCCAGUUCCAGGGAGCUGAACCAUGAUGUUCUUUCUGUCUAGGAAGAAUUUUGUAGUUCAGCCAUUGGCUGACUCGCUGCUCCACUGUCAGGGUGUGCUUUGUAUACAGGCCAGCACACAGUCUGUAUUUGGCCAUAGAGUUACACCAGUUAAGAAGACACUCCACUUCGACCUUCCUGCUUUUUCUCUCAUCCAAAUACUAACCAGGUGUCUUAGUCACUAUUCCCUUGCUGUGAUGAGACGCCAUGACCAAGGCAGCUCACAGAAGAAAGGGUUUAUUUGGAGCUUAUGGUUCCAGAGGCUGAGUCCAUGACCAUCAUGGA